CCCUAGCUCCGCGGCCCGGGAGCCGCCGGGACCUCCUCUCGUGCCCGGACUCCAAAAAUCUUGAUUACCCUUCUUCGUGCUCCCUGUUGUCUCGGUCCCUGGCAUCGCUUCUCGCAGGAUUUACCACUGAUGAGAUGAGACUCUUGUCCAGCAAGCGGUACCGGCAGCGUCAGCGCCAGCGCUGCCGCCGGCGAAUCCGGGACUGUGGAGCGGUUGCUUUGGUGACUAAAAGAGAGAAUUUACCUGGCCAGAAUGAUGAUAACCAAGCUGUCAGAGGAAUAUCACAUCCCGACCUUCCAGAGGACAUCUUGCGGCAUAUUCAUGCCCAAAUGACACUUCGAGAUGCUGCUCGUGCUGCUUGUGCAUCGCACACAUUUCGACACUCCUGGAUAUGCCGUCCCAACCUUACAUUCAGUCCUGAAACACUUGGAUUGAAUAAAAAUACGUCUAGGAAUGUAAUAACAAGAGAUCUUAUCAGCAAGAUCAACCAGAUUCUGCAAAGUCGCUCGGGCAUGGGCGUGAAGACACUAAAUAUUGAUCUCCUAUGUUGUGACAGCAUCGACUUCAGCUAUCUUGAUAGUUGGCUUCACAUUGCCGUUACACCAGGGAUUGAAGAACUCAUCCUGAGCCCCCCUCUACCCACCAUUUCAGUGUACAACUUCCCAUGUUCACUUCUAUCCAAUGGGAGCGGAAACUCGAUCCAAUAUCUUGACCUGUGUCACUGUAUCUUACGGCCCACAGCUGGUCUUGGUUGCCUAAGAAGCCUGACAAGACUGCGUAUGUUUUCCGUCAGGAUUACUGGGGAUGAACUAUGGUGUCUUCUUUCCAAUUGUUCCGCUUUGGUAAGAUUGGAACUCCGGUACUGCAAGGAGAUAAUUUCCUUGAAGAUACCUUCGCUGCAGCAAUUCCGUUUAUUGGAUGUGGUUCUAUGCGAUAGACUGCAGGUUGUAGAGAGCAAUGCUCCAAAUCUCUCCCGUUUUUACUAUAGUGGCAUCCUAUGUCAAAUCUCACUUGGUAGUUCACUGCAAGUGAAGACACUACGCAUGAGAUGCUUGUAUCAGGCCAACAUUGUCUGGUACGCUCGACAUAGUAUUUUGUCUCUUGCGCCAAAUGUUGAGACACUUACCAUAGCGUCACCAAGUGAGACGGUGAACACACCGAUGUUAUCUGGCAAGUUUCUCCACCUCAAGCAUUUGGAGAUUUCAUUAGUGGGAACGGCUGCAUAUGAUUAUUUAUCUUUGGUUUCUUUUCUUGAAGCUUCUCCUCACCUGGAGAAAUUUGAGCUGUCUAUAAAGCAGCAUCACAUGGAGCAUGAUUCGAUUCUUGGAGCCCCCUCCCAUGAUUUGAGGCAGAUUCUAGAGCAGCGCUAUGACAAGCUCAAGAAUGUGAAGAUCUCUGGCUUUUGCUCAUCAAAGAGCUUAGUUGAGCUAACAUGUCAUAUCCUUGAGAGCACAGCAUCACUUGACUGCCUUACAUUGGACACCACUUGGUAUCUUAGAUGCUCUGUCACGAAAUCUGGGAAAUGCUUCCCCCUCAUGGAUAGGGAUAGCCUCGUGGAAGCCCAGAAAACGCUCUUGGCCAUUAGAAGAUAUGUCGUGGGAAAAGUACCAUCUAUGGUUAAGUUAAAUAUUCUGGAGCCUUGCAGCCGGUGCCAUACCGUUGAACCUUUGGUGUGAACCUCAAGUGUUACUUCAGAGUGAGUGGUGAGGCUUCUCUUCACACAUCAGAUGGAGCGAAAUCUUGGCAAGCGUUGACCUUCAGUUAUCUGUAACUUGAAAUUAACAUGAAGAGGCUGAUGGAGCCUCGCUACAGGACGUGACGCAGUCAGCCAUUGUGAGACAACUGCAGUUGGAGAGGCAUGUGCUCUACUGCAGUUGGUGCUGCGUCUAUAGGAUGUGCUUCAGGUGUCUUGUAAAACUGUUUUAGAUUGGCUGCGAUGCAAUUAUGGUGCACAAUAGACCUGUUCAACUACUAUGUUUAUUCAGAUGGAUCCUAAAUUUUGUUUGCAAAUAGAUCUAUAUUUUUGGCGAUUUAACAAAGACAUAUUCUACUGA